AUGUUUGAGUGUAUUCCACUGAAAAAUAUGCCAGUUGGGGGCCAUUGGACUCAUCGUGGAGGUUUUACACUACGAGCUUUUCCCAGACGAUUUGAUAAUAACUUCGACAUGUUUCGACAUGCCGAAAUUACUGUUGGGUUCUAUCAUCGUUCCCAAGAAAGCGGAAAGAUGUUUCAUGCAAUGAAACAAAAAACAGAAUUCGCCUUUGAGCAGCGACGUAACUUGGAGGCCAUUCGCUUGCGGAACUAUGUUGACGUCGCAAGAAAGCAAAAGUCUUUGGAACGAGCAAGUUUUGCUCCUUUGACAAAUGAUGUUGCAUUAGCAAUUGAAGUACCGUGUUUGGAGUAUGCUGGGAUGAUGGAACGGAAAGAAACUUGGUUUGAAAAAGAUUCCAUACCGAAAAUCAUGCAUGAUACUGGUGUACUGAUUCAAUUUCCAGACUUGAUACCUGAUAUCGAAAAUGCUAAUGAUCAUAUAAACAGAGUGAUAUUAUAUGGACCGCUGUCAAACGUCGAACAAGCUAGAGUUCGCAUUAGAAAUUUGACGCCUGUAGCGGUCAGUUUUCCUCUGAAGGCAUUAAAACCUGAUAUAUUAUUGAAAGAUGUUAGAAAUAUAAUCGAUGAGGCCAUUGCUGGAAAAAUAAUUAAUUUCCCUGACCUUCAAAUACUAGUGCAGUUUCAGCAGCCGUCAGAUGAUCAAGUCCCGAUGUGUGUUGUACGUGGUCCGUCAUAUUGUGAGGGUGAUAUAUGUAAUGCUUGCACAGCUCUUCAUCGCCUGUUGUUUGAUGCAGCAGACGACAGUGAACAUAGUUCAGCUACGAUAUACUCCACAAUCAUGAAUAUACCGGCUAUCCAGCAAACUGUUAUAGUCGGAGUGCCAGAUGCAUUUCUGAUUCGUUUAAUAAGUUUGGAAACAAAUGCGAUUAUUUACUUUCCAACCAUAGCAGACCGAAAUUAUAAUGCAACUUUAUUUCAUAUUCAUGGUGCAGUGCGUUCUAUUUUGCAAGCCAGAAAGUUCAUUCAGGGUUUGCUGCCGGUAUGCCUGACUUUCGAUGUCGAAAAUGAUGACUUACUCUCUCCGAUUGAUGCUUCGAAUCGAGACUUAUUUAUGCGAGAUGUUGACCGAGAUUUAACAGUUACGGUCAACAAGAGUCGUUUGGAAGGUCAAAAAAUAACUGAAAAUGACACCCUACGACAUAUGAUAACUAUUAAAUCUGAAGAAUAUAAUCUCACAAAUGUUUAUGCUACCCGACAUCAACUUUUUCGCAAGGAUAUAGCAAAGGAGGAACCGUUUAUCAUGACAAAGGAUUUCGAGUUUUUCGAGCAAGAUUUCAGAACACUGAUUGCAAAAAACAAUCAGGUUAUCGCGGAGAUUUCUCCAGAAAUCUUCAAACCAUCCAGGAUUUACAUGAACAACAUUCUAGCAGAUACAUCGGUCGCUGUACCAAUUGCUAAUAUUUCUGCAAGUCAGGGAAUAAUCACAAAUGAUACGAUAUUUACAACUAAAAUACCAUCCUUAACUUUAAAAGAACAGAAGCAAUCUGAUGCAGUGAAUAUUACAGUUCCUCAGCUCUUGAAUUUGUUUCGAUAUGAAAAUAAGGAUGCUGUAAUAACUGCUACCGAUAGUCCAGAAAAACCAUCACCUGCAGUUCCUGUUCUACAUGUGAAUGGUAAUAAUGCAUAUGAUGGUCAUAAUAAACAUUUUGACAGACGGUGUUCUGAUGAACCGGUGAAAAAAACCUCCUGUGAUUCGAUAGGCAGUAUGAUAUCGGAUAAUACUUCGGAAUCGAAAUAUCGGUCUGAGAAAUUGUCGGUUCACUCGCGGUCGUCCGCAGUUCCAUCUCAGUCACAGGACAUGAUAAGCUACAGAAACAAAGUUGUCAAUGCAUUAAUUAACGAACAAGGUUCAGCAACGGUAGCAGUUGCUGCAGCCAUGCUUCAGAAUAGCCCUCCACAAUGGUUUCAGUCAGCCAGUACUAUGGCAGCAUUAAAAUCAGCAGAUUAUUUUGGGCAGCUCCCUCGAAUGGUAGAACAAAAGACUGUUCCAGAAAAUUUUGCGCUUGAUUACCAGAGGGAAAAAACGAUUGCGGGAGCAAAAAUUUCAGCACGAGCUGAUCAGUGUUCAGAAUCAAACGAUGUAUCGUCUGAUAUACGCCUGACAUCCUUAUCUAAAAAUCGCGAUAUCAAUCCAUUAUGUUUACCAUUACGUGACAGUUCUGUUCAAAAGAGUAAUCAGUAUCGGCUUUUGAAUCAAGGCAUCGAUAAUACUGGAGACAACUACAGAGGUAGGAUUUCAUCUCUAUAA